AUGCGUCGCGAGGGCCGGCAGCACGGGUGGGUGUUCACCGUCGACCCCAGCCUGGUCGAUGCGGAGGGCAAGCAGUGCCGUUCCCGAGCGGUGCAGAUCGAGGGUGCGGCGGCGGCCAACGGCGGCUUCGUCAGGCCGUCGCGGAAGCCCACCAACCACUCCAAGCCCGCCGUCGGCCGCGCGUACAAGGCCCUGAUCGGCAAGGGAGAGGCUGGGUCGGGCAGGGGUAGGCACAAGUUCAAGCACGACGAGGCCAAGUUGUACCACCUCUACCUCGAGGGCGCCGACGACGCCUACGCGGAUGCGAUGCUGGAGUUCGACUGGUAG